UGAGAAAUAGUCGACCAAUGAAAUUUCAGAUACGAUGACGUUUACAUCAAGAACAAAAUACACAGUCACAGGAGAAUUAAUUUUGUCCCUCAUUAAAUGCUGACCACAGUCAUUAUGGGCUAGGAUGUGUACAAUGAUCUCAAAGUCCACAGACAUUUCACGUGUAAAAUGGAUGUCUGCUACAAACCUGAUUAUAAUAAUCAUUUUCCUCGCCAUUUCUGAAUCAUUUGGUGCAGACAUUUGUGGAAAAGAAGUUAAACCCAGUUUUCUUAAGAGUCGGAUUCACAAAAGUUCUCUCCCAAAAGGAGGGGCUGCAGCAGGGAAGUAUGUCAAGGAUGCCAAAUCGACCAAUCGCUGGCUUUGUGUCGUGAACUGUUGUCAGGACCCAGAUAAUUGUGACUCGGCUUUAUUUCAUGGUAAUACGUGCUACCUCAUUAAAUGUAAUGUGACUUACGCUGGAGGGUGUGAAGCUGUUCCUAAGACUGAUGCCAAAUAUAACGAUACGUUCUACAUCAACGUCAGGGAUGUAGUGUAUCAACAGUGUGACCUGUUGAAUAACAAUGGGUGUAAGGAGGGGGAGGAGUGUAGAUUUAUCUCGGAGGGCGGUGUCACACAGUGUGUCUGUAAAUCAGGAUAUAUACAGGAUCAGCUAGGGAACUGUGUGGCCCUGUUGUCUUCCCCUGUGGAUGACUCCUCACUUACUGACGUGGAGUGUGAGUUUCCUCUAGACAACACAUGUCCUCACCAGAAUGAGGAGUGUUACCUGCCCCUCCACACACACAGAAGGGUGGGCACCUGUAGGUGUAAGAAGGGGUACCACAGGGAUAGCAGUAAAGCAUGUGUGGCCACCGAAACUAAAGCUACAACCAGUCCCACCACACUAACCACUACUACCACCAAGACGGACAUUGAGAAGUCAGUCAAAGUGUGUGAGUAUGGUUUGAAUUCCUGUGGGGAGCAUCAGGAAUGUUACCUCCCCAAGAACUCCAUGAAGAGGUCCGGAAUCUGUGUCUGUGUCCAGGGCUACUACAUGGGAACGGAUAACAUCUGUGUUCUUAGCACCAGUACCACAGUGAUUCCAAGUACAACCACUAAGAUGGUCAGUACCACACCAAAAGUUUCCAAGUUAACGGUAUCAGCGGGGAGCAAUGUAGAGUUACAACUGCCCAAAGACGAGACUGUGCUGACCUGUUUUGUACUAGAGAAAGAAAACAAAGGUGAAAAAUUCCAAUAUGAGUGGUCAUUGGUAAACUCUCCUGAAGGUGCUGAGAAAGGAACCAUGGUUGGGAAAAACACAGACAAACUGACUAUCUCUAAGUUGAUAGCAGGGCUUUACACCUUCAAGAUUGAGGUCACAGGUGAAAACCGGGCAGGAGAGGCGUAUGUUAAUGUCACAGUCUCACCGCCUGCCAGGAAAAACAGUCCUCCAGUUGCGGUCAUAAAACCAACAAAGCAAAUUGUUAAACUUCCUAAUUCUGCCAUUUUGGAUGGCUCUGACAGUUCUGAUGAUGAUAAGAUAGUCAAGUACCUGUGGGAGGAGAUGAGCGGCCCGCUACAGGACCACAAAAUCCAGGAUGACAAGAACAUGCUGACCCUGAAGGGACUCGUACCAGGAAACUACAUAUUUAAACUGACAGUCACUGAUUCUGAUGGUGCUACAAAUUCAACUGUUGCCAAUGUAACUGUGAUAAAAGAGACAGACUAUCCUCCUAAAGCUGAUGCUGGAUCAGACAUGGUGAUUCACCUUCCCCAGGACUCGGUUAUUUUGUAUGGGAAUUCCAGCACUGACGACAAGGGCAUUAAAAGUUAUGAAUGGAUCAAGUCUCCUGACGGCAAACAAACAGCUGAUAUGACAGGUACUACAUCCCCAUUCUUGCACCUGUCCAAACUACAGGAGGGGGACUAUGCUUUUACCUUGAAAGUCACAGACACAGCUGACCAGGUGUCUCAAGCCACAGUACACCUGUUUGUGAAACCAGAUGUUAACACAGCCCCUGUUGCUGUCACGGCACGUAAGCUCACUAGGAUUCUACCUCUAAAGGAACUGGUACUGGAUGGACGAAACUCGACAGAUGAUAAGAAGAUUGUCAGUUACUCCUGGCUACAGACAGGGGGCUCACCCACUCUCAAGAUACAGGACAGUAACUUGUCUGUAGCCAAGGCAGUAGGGGACAUAACCCCGGGGGAGUACACAUUUAAACUGACCGUCUCUGACCAGGAGAAGCUUCAGUCCACACAGAAACUGACCAUUGUGGUCAAGGAAUUACCAAACAAAAAGCCAGUCAGCAGAGCUGGAGGGGAUAGAAUUGUUACCCUCCCCGUGACUUUGGUGGAAAUUGAUGGAUCCCAGUCCUCAGAUGACAAGAAGAUUGUCCGAUACAACUGGGAGAGGGAUGCUAAAAGUCUAGCCGCUGGGGAUGUGUUAAAUGGCUCAGAGCACAAGGCUGUUUUACAGCUGGUUAAUUUAGUCGCUGGGAAGUACAUCUUCAAACUGACUGUGUUUGAUGCUGAGGGUUUGUCAAGUUCAGACACAGCCCAUCUGCUGGUUAAAGAGGACUCCCAUAAAAAUGACUUGAUGGAGUUGACUCUGGACACAAAUCUUAAGGAGUUCACUGAGGAGGAUAAGGAGAACCUGCGGAGUCAGCUGGCCUCCAUGUUACCUGACUCGACUGAAGGGGACGCCAAUAUACAGAUACAAAAUCUCCAUAUGUCUCCCCAGUCACUGUUACAUGUCAGUUUCUAUGUGACGACUGUAAAAAAAGAGACACAGGUCUACAGACCAGGCCUAGAGACCGCUAAACUUCUAAAGGAGCAGCUGGAGUCCUCAAAUAACCAUAUACUCAACUACAAGGUCCUGUCCAUAGACACAAUAGUUUGCCAAAUUAAUUGUUCUGGACAUGGCUACUGUGAUAAUAAGUCCAAAAUGUGUGUGUGUGAUGCCUUCUGGAUGCAAAAUUUCUUUAUUUUCCACGUGUUGAAUGGCGAGAGUAACUGUGAUUGGAGUGUUUUAUAUUUUAUCAUUGUGCUAUUCCUUGUGGUGGUAUCCCUGGCAGCUAUAGUAUGGGGUACAAUCUGCUGGAUUAAAAAGCGCAGGUGUAAAUGCUACAAGUGGAGGACAAAGAAGAGACAUCGCUACUCACUGCUACAGGAAGUGGACGAUGCUAAGGAUGAAAUCAAGUUGUUGCCAAAAGGGAAAACCCAGAACAGUAGCGUAAUGAUGUCAGAGUCCGAUCUGAGCAGUGAAGAAGAGACUUUGUUUAUAAACCACAAAAAGACUAACGGAUUCAUUCAGAAGAAUGGAGUAUCAAAGCAUAUUAAGACAAAACUUCGGGCUUAACUCCGCACAGUUAGAGCUGCAUUCCAUUAUCUGUUAUAUGUAUAUUGAAUAUACAGUAAAGUAGGUUUAAAUUCGAGUACAUUAUAUAGCAUAUUGACUGUUACAUGGUGCAAUAUCCAUCAUGUGUAAUAGAUGUGAUAUUUUAUCAACUCAUGUGGGACAUAUACAUAUGCAUAUGUAUCAUCAAUUUUUUUUUUAUAAAAAAAAUAUUUAGAUAAUUUUAAUAUAUUAUUUAAUUCAGUUAUUAAUUUAUCUUGCUCAUAUCAACAAACAUUCCUGUAUUAAGUGUCAGAGUUAAUCUGAAAGGUUACAUUUACUUAACAAUUUGGGACUAAAAGGUUUUA